AUGAAGCAAAAUGGGCUUGAAGAUAUUCAAGAUAGAGAUGAUCAAAAUAAUUUGCAAUAUGAAUGUAUGGAAAUAGAAACACAAUUCCAACAAGAUAGUAAUGGUAAUCACGAAUUAUUAGUAGCUGAUUUACAUAUCCUUAAUCAGCUUAGAAUAAAAAAAGCUCUUAAUUUGGCACUAGAUUUAGGUUGUGAAACUGAAUUUAUUGAUAUGGUUAAUGGAUUUAUCAAUUGUAAGAAAAAUGAUAUCGAUGAUACAAAUGAUGAAAAUAAAGAAAAUUUGAGUAUGUCUGAUCCUUUGAUUCAAAAAUGA